UAACUGUCAAUUUUUGUCUAUUCUAGGCGCUAGGCUCUCUGAAAUAGUUCUGAGGUUUUCAAAAUGCUGCUGGAAAGUGUUUUGGAACGUUCUAAAUGGGUUAUUGAAGUUCUAAAGUGUUCUAACUUGGCUUGAAGAGUUCUGGAGCAUUUUAGGAGUUUUUCAGUAAUUUCUACACUGUUCUGACAGAUUUUUUAGUAUUUUAGAGCCCUAUAUUGAAGUUCCAAAGUGUUCUAAAUUAGUUCAGAAGAAUUUUUAUUUUAUUUUAUUUUAUUUGUGGUACAUCUUACAAACAUCAAGCAAGUUGAUAAUGACAAGUAAGGGUAACUAUAACUAAAAUUAAAAUCAUUACUUACUAUCUAACUUACUACUUAACAGAAUCCCUAGACACUACCUAAAACUAAAACUAAGAAAAAUACACUACUACAAUUCAUCAAUAUAAAUUAAAACAAGAUUUUAGUUCUGAAAGGUUUCCAGUUCUAAAUUGAAUCCUAAUUGAUCUGAAAUAACUCUGAACUUUUUGAAAAGUAAGUAAAAAAUAAAAUGUAAAAUAAUUCAUAAAAUAGGUAAACUAACAGAACAAAACUUAAUAAUCACAAACGAUACAAGCAGUAAUUUAAAAGUUAUCACAAGAUCAACCAUCCAGUAUGUCACAAAUACCUAGCAUAUAAAUUUUUAGUUUUUUCUUGAAACUCAACAAUGAAGUGCAGUUUUUUUAUCUCUUCUGGUAGGUUAUUAAACCUGUUAAAUACUUUAUGAAAAAUUGAAUUCAUUGUACAUUUUUUACUCUUUGGAGUUAUGAAAAAACUAUUUCUAUUUCUGGUAUUAUAGUUAUGCACUUCAUUGUUGUAAACCAUUUUGUUUAUAAGGUAUUCAGAAGCACAUCCAAUCAUCUUAAAAAUGAAAACCAAAGGCAUUAUACCUUACAAAUUCCACAACCGGUAGCCAUUGCAUUACUCUUAACAUUGAGUUUAUUGGUGUAUACUUGCUACAGGAAAGAAUUACACGCAUAGCCCGGUUCUGCAAUUUUUGUAGUCUAGCCACUUCAUUCUGCUUGAAUAAAUACACAAUUGUUGCACAGAAGUUGAAGUUUCUAUGGCAAUUAAAAAACGUCUUCUGAAAGGCGCUUUGUAACUUUUAGCCGAACUGUUUUAAAAUGCUUUUGGAAAUUGUAAAUCGGGUUUUGAAUGUUCAGAACAAUUUUAGAAUGCUCCAAUUCUAAAAUUGUUCUGAAGUUUCCAAAUUGUUCUGAAGCGCUACAGAAUACUUUUGGAAAUUCUUAAUUGAGUUUUAAGUGUUUCGAACUUUCCAAAAGGCUUAUUAAGUGUUCUGUUGCAUUUCAAAUAGUUUCCAGUAACUUCUAAAUUCAAUGAGAAAGGAAUUCUGUUUUUGUAGACAUCUUAAAAUCGUCUCUAAGAUGGUCACAAAUGACAUUCAAGACGUUUUUAAGACGUCUGCUGACGUGUUCAAAUGCAUCUUAAAGACAAAAUGUGGCUUAGUUGCUCUUAAGAUGUGAAUUUAUGGACGUCUUUUUUUCGUCUUCAGACGUUCAGAUACAAUGAAGACCUAAAAAAAGACAUCUGCAAGACUUUGUGUGCUCUCUGGGUAAGUAUAUUCUAUUCAAAAUAUUAAACUAAAAACGUUAGUGUACAUAAGUAAUUAUUCUUAAAAAAAAAAUUAAAAGUAUAAAUAGGUCAAAUGGAUUCUAUCUAGGUGGCGAAUCUAAAAUACUAUCAGUCCUUGCAAUUUUAUUACGCGGUGACUCUAUGAAAAUUUCAUUUUGUCUGCUACUGUUGCCUUUUUCUGGAUGUACCACAUUGAAUAGUUUUGGCGACUCUACUGUGUUACUACCAGCGAUAUUAUUGACUUUUUUAGUUUCAUUCUCCACCAACUUUUUAAUGGUUGCUGAAGCAUCAGGAUCAUUGAGCCAAUCCACACAUAUGUGAAUAUUUUUUGGCUUCAAUAAAUUUAUGAGAGCAAGUCCUUCUUCAUAAGAAGCAUGAGUUGAGUAGCAAACGUAAAAUAUGCCGUCAUUAUCAAUUUGAGAAAUGCCACUUACUAAAUCUUCAUCCCGCCAUCGGAGAGCAGAUAAUUUAAUUAUUCUCAUUUUGUCUUUAUUACUAUCAUCACAUAUAUCUUUUUGAUCAAAUCGGCAAUUAUGAAUUUGUGUUUUAGAACCAUCUUUAGUCACACAAUAUUCCAAUUCAGGUAUUAUAGAAUAAAAACUAUAUUUCUCUUCAUCUACGUGGACUGGCAUUUUGAAAUUUUCAUAAAUCUCUUUAAAAACAUAUUCAUAACCAUAUUUGGCUCGAACGUCUAGUUUAAUACAGUUUUCAGGGUUCAAAGAUAUCCAUUUUGAAAUUAUUUUGCAAAGUUCUGAAAGGCUUUCUUCUCGUGUAGGUAGAAAUGAAUACGACUUCAUGAAAAAUGUUGUAUCUAAAUAAAUUGUAUUUAUGGGUUUGACUUUACCAAAUGUAUCAUAAAAACAUUUAAAUUUUGUUAUAUCUUCAGGAUCAAUUCUAAAAUCUCCUGUACAUAAAAUAUUCACCUGUUUAGUUUCAAAAAGAAACAUAACUGAACCCGGACAAUGACCUGCUGGAAUACAUGUCACAGAAAUAUUAUUAUUUUCUACAGAUAUAGAAGAGAUUUGUUCCAAUGGCAAUUCUUUAAUUUGUGUUGAAAUAUUGGGUACCAGCUUACGCAAUAUUAUAGCAGACAAACUGCUCAAAUACAAAAAUCGAUUUUCUGAAAUCAAUUUUUCUUGGAAACCUACCGCAAGCAGGCCUUUCAUGUGAUCUGCAUGGCAAUGUGAUAAGAAAAAAGCUGAAGAAUACAAAUUUUUUCCAUCAAAACGAUCUACGCUUAUGCCAGUAAUUUCUCUUAUAAUGCCAUCAAAGGUGCUCAUCUUUUACAUUCAAAUUUGGCACCAGUUGAUGUGAGUGUUAGUCAAUAGAUGGCGCCCUAAAAAAAAAUUAUAUAGUGAAAUUAAAUUAAUUUCUGCCAUAAAUAUUUUUCUCCCAAUUAAUUAAAAAGUAUUUUAUUAGGUUUACAAAUAAUUUAUUUAUUGUAUUAUACAUUAUUACCUUUGGAAUUAAAUUUUUGUUUUCAAAUUCUCCGCCCAAUAGUUAACCGGAUGCGUUGGGGGCGGCGCUGCGGGCGCGCGGCGCAACUCAGCAACAUGGCUGGAUGUUUUCGUGUUUUGGCGGUAUGGUGGCUCUCGUUGUUAGUGAAAUUUUAGGUUAAUUCUAGCUAUAACCUCUAAUUUUUCGUAAUCCGGGCCUAAAAAAUAAUUGUUUAGUAUUAUUUCGCUUGUAGGGAAGGCAAAUUCCUCGGAAUCGCGACGUCAAAUGAGAGCAGCCAUUUGCCUAUUCUCGGUCUCGGCCUCUGCAGUUGUGCAGUUCCAGCCAAAGUGCGACGAUGGCGUUUUAGACCUUUUGUUUAGGAUUAUUCCGAUUUUAUUUUGAGGAAAAGGGAAAGAGAAUUGCACCUUUCAAAAGCAACACACAAAAAAAUAAAAUGGAGGAAGCAUCAUUUACUAUGACCUGGGCAGACGCCAAUACGGUGGUCCAAACCGAAGAGGUAGAGGUAUCUUCAGUGGAAAAUGAAGCAAUUCCUCCACAAUCGGAAGAAUAUAUUAAUGCAGAUGAUUACACAGAGGGAGUGGAACUGACAGAGGAAGAGCUAAUACAAGGUGAUUCCCAUGUUAUACAAGAGGUAAUCCUGGACGAACCACAAUCAGAAGCUGGAAUUAUGUAUUUUACUGAAGAUAAUGUCCUAGUAAUGCAAGAAGACAAUACAGCUUACUCUCAAGAGGAAUUAUUGGAGGUGGCAGGAGAAGUAAUAACAGACCCAUGGGAUCAAACCUGUGCUACAGAAGUUAUAGUCGGGACUGAAGAAAGUGUUGUAGGUGGCCAACCUUCAGGUGAAGAUGAAAUACCUCUACCGACAGACCAAGACGAAUAUACGGCAGCCAGGCCAUAUCCUUGUGAUUUCUGUAGCAGAAGGUUUCGAAAAAAAGCCAACUUAAUGAAUCAUAUGGUGGCACAUCAAUCUGACAGACCUCAUUUUUGCAACCUUUGUGGUGCAAAAUACAUGAAAAAAACCGAUUUAUUGAAUCAUCUUAAAGGCCAUGCCUAUGUCCCGGAAGAAAUAAUCAAGCAUGGUAACGCGCAAGAUGAUCAAAGUAGGUUGGUUGAAGAUGAUGUAUCCAGAAAAGGCAAAAGUCCUGUCAAAAAGAAAAAAAAGAAACAGAUUGUUAUAAAAGAGGAAAUUGAUAAUAUGUUCACUGCGACAGAUUCAGGAAUAGAAUACGGUAAAGUCGAAUCUUCUUCUGCUGACCAAUACAAUUACCACGAUGAUGCAGGUGUUAUAAGAUACAUCCAAGAAGAUAACGAAAAUAAUACUGAAUACCUACAACAAGAAGAAACCAGAUAUAUAGUCACUGAUGCUAAGAAACCUUUUGUUUGCCAGCACUGCGGAGUUUGCUUUGCCAGAGAAAAAGCAUUGGCGUCGCACGAAAGGAUUCAUGGAGGUGAUAGCCCGUUUGAGUGUCUGAAAUGUGGCGAAAUGUUUUGGGAUAUUGAACUUUUGGAGACCCAUGCUAAAACGAAACACGGCGAAAUGGAAGAAUUGGAAGAGGAUGAAGACGAAAAUUACUCAGAAUCAGAAAAUCCAACUUAUGGCACCUUUUACUGUGCAACUUGCGGUCUAUCAUUUCACAGACAAGACAAUUUGCGUCGGCAUCAGAGAAUACAUGUGAGAGAAGAACACCUUAGGAAGCAGAAUUAUGGGCACAUUUGCAACAGUUGUGGAGAAUCGUUCAAUGAGGCACUGGAUCUCCUAGCUCAUGCUGAAGUUCAUGCUCGAGGCUCAGAAUUUCGCUGCAUGAUAUGCGGAGAGAUGUGCCUCGAUGAGAACGCAUUGGCGGCCCACGUUCAAAGUGCACAUAAAAAUUUGCCAGAUUUCACCUGCAAUUUGUGUGGCCGCACAUGCAGAGAUUCCAGAACUUUAUUGAAGCACUCAUGGGAACAUUCAAAAGAAAAAUCGUUUGGUUGCACAAAAUGCUCUAAAACUUUUCACAAUAAGGCUCGGCUGAAAAGGCACAUGAUUUCACACAGAAAUAAGGUUGUGUCAUGUGACACUUGUGGAGAGGAUUUCCCGGAUGGUAGAAGUUUGAGUAACCAUAGACAUAGCCAUAGCAGCGUGUCUGGUCGGCAAUUUGUUUGUAAAGACUGUGGAAAAACUUUUGGAUCGAGAAGCUCACAACAAAUUCAUAUUCGGAUUCAUACAGGCGAGAGGCCAUAUGGAUGUCGGUUUUGUUGGAAAGCUUUUGCAGAUGGUGGAACACUACGAAAACACGAAAGAAUCCAUACUGGCGAAAAACCAUAUGCUUGUGCUGUAUGCCCCAGAGCAUUCAAUCAACGUGUGGUUCUCAGAGAACAUAUAAGGUCGCAUCACUCAGGUCCCGAUCCAAAAUAUUCGAACACUGUAACUCCUUUUUGCUGCACUGUUUGCUCCGACAUGUUCAUGACAUCCCAAGAUUUGAUAUUGCAUUUGAUCCAUCAUUGUGAUAUGAAUACUGCAAUGAAGAGACAACCACAAGUGGGACCCAGAAAAUAUAAACGGCGAAGGAAGUUAAAACCUCAUGAACUGGACUCAAUAGUUGAAACUUCACGUCAGGAGAGUAGACAAAAUGAAGGUGAAAUAUUGGACGAGGAAGAGGAAGAGUACCUUCACCAAGAGGAAAUAGGUGCAGAAACAGAAGUAAGGCAAUCCAGGAGAACAUCUUCAAGAAAAGAAUCUAGCUCUCCAUCAAAAACAAGUGUAAGCGAAUCUAUCUCAGAAAUUUAUAACAGCCUAAAUACAAUAGAAAACAAUGACGUCCUCGUGGUUCCUAAAUCUCCCAACUCAAAAUCAAAACCAGUGAAAAAAAUUAAAAGUGAAAAUUCAUCUUCUUCUUCAAGACCAAAGAUGAUACAUACACAAAAAACAAGAGUGCCAGUUGAAACCAAUGAAGAUGGCCGGAUUAGACAUAAAACCAAGACUCUAGUGACAAGAACGGAACCGGCAGAGUUCAAGCCUUCUACAGGAGAUAGAAUCAGGCCAAGAACCAAAAAUGUAAGUUAUUACAGUUUAAACCCAGAUAGAUAUCCCGUAGCUACUUUUCCUGAUGGCGACCAAACUGAGGAAGCAGUAACGAAUCUCUUGAAGGAGUCUGGUGAAGAUCACACAAACAGUAGAUUAUACUUACCAGAAGAAGCGGUACCAGAUGUGGCUGGGGAGCAAACUGUUUCAACAGAAAUUUCAGUGCCUACAAGUAUUGUUGACCCGGAUAACAGGAGAACUAGUGCGAGAAUUUUAUCUAGGACCCUAACCCGAGGAACCAAAUAUAGAUUGGUUAAAGAAGGUAUGCUUGUGUCUAAAAGACGAAACAGUGAGAGUCACGUCCAGCCGGAGGCCGUUCUGCCAGAUAUACCUAUACCAACAACCCAUAUCAAACAAGAAUUGCAAAACACCAGUUACCCUGAUGAGUCAGAGAAUCACAUCUUCCAUACUGAAGAGCAAGUGAUCGAGGAACCAGUUCACGAAGAAAUACCCCUUUAUAAUAUGCCAGAUGUAUCUAACUUAAAACAAGAACUGUCAGAUCAAAGUGCGCUGCGUGAAUUGGCAGAAAUAUCAAUGAGUCACGCGAAUCGUUCUUGUUUUAAGUGUGAAAUGUGCGACGCAAUGUUCGCUGACAGGGCGCAAUUGUUGCUUCAUGUUCCCGUACAUAUAUGAUGUUAAUUGGUUUGAUUAAGUUUCUGGUGACCUAAAAAAUUCGGUUCGAAAUGGUAUAACCAUAUUUGAAUACCAAAGAUAUUUCCUUACUCAUCAUUCAAUUACCCUGCAACCUUGCUAAUCCGAACAUCUGUAUAUUGAUUUUUGUACAUACUAUCUUGCAUCACGAUUUGCAUUCAAAUUAGUGUGGGUUCGGAUUACCGAAGUUGCACUGUGUUGGAUUACAUGAAUGGUUGUUUUUUGACAGCGAAUUCUGAUUUUUUCUCAUGUCUUAAUCAACUAAUUCAGAUUUUUCAAUACUUGAAUAUGAGUAUUUCAAUGAUGAAAUAACUGAAAAAACCCAGAGAAGUGCUAAAACUCACAGCUGAAUAUAAGAGUUUGAUCAGGUCUCGCUAAAAAUUGUUAAGUGAUAUUUCUAAUGCAUAGACUGAAAUCAGGAAGAAGGUUCGAUCUCCCUGAAAAAUUGAGGUAAGCUGGUAGCUCAGGAUUGUUUUAUAUUUACUUUAUAUACUUUUGUUGACUGAUUGUCUCUCACAACCCAUUGCUUAUUAUCUUUAUGUAAUAAUUAUUUUCUUGUUUCUAAAAUUUUUUGCUGGUAGGCUCAAUGUAGUCAGCGUUUGACUAAAAUUAUUUUUUUUAUGUACCAGUCUGUUUUUAC